UAUUAAAGUAACAAAACAGCUAAUUCCUCUCUUUCAUUAUCUUUGACCCCAACUAUAUGCAUAACACAUGUACACGCUUUUGUUUGUUUGAACUAUACAUUAUAUAUAAACACACACGCGAAUCUUUAGGCUCACAUCUUCUCUAUCAGAUUUUUUGGGACAGCAACAAAUCUCAUUUUAGCUUCGGUUCCAAAUCGCUUAGUCAUUUUAGCUUCGGUUCUUCUUGAAGACCUGAGGGAUUCACGUUUUAUGUCAACGACGAUGGAGAGACCAGGCUGCAGCUCAGAUUCCGGAACUCAGCGGCAUCCCACUCGUCUACUAAAGCGACCUCCGUCGUUAAACAUCGUUCCGGCUCCGGCGAAUAACUGGACAACUGCCAUCCCUCUCCUCUCGCCGCUAGCUCUUUUGCCAGAAUCACCGGUCAACCAACCGCCGGUUGAGAACCAGACGAAAGCUAUUACUGCGACGGUUGCACCGGUUUUCAAGACGUGGCAGCAUCCGGCGGCGCCGUUUUGUUAUGAGCCAUCAUCGACGUUUGUUCCACCGUUUGUACCGGUUUAGAAUCAUUGUUUUUAGAUCCAACGGUUCAGAAAGUACAGUUUCCUUUCUUUUUUGGUUCUGCCUAGAUCAAACGGUCCAGAUUUACGCUUUUUGUUUUUAUUAUUGUGUGGUUGGAACAACGCGAUUUCCGUAUAGAUGACAAAUGAAAAGAUUAUUAAAUAUUCAUCUGUUUCUAGAUAAUGUAUGUUUUAUAUUUUUCACAAAUAUUAAAAAAAAAAUUAAUUAUCA